AUGGCCGAUGACAACUACAUUACGGAAGACGCUGAAGCAAGAGAAGCUCUUGUAAACAAUGUGCUUCAGCUGCAACAACAACUUCGAGCUGUGAUUUCCCGAGUGGAUUCGGCAAAGAAGGAGCAUGAAUCAUUGUUGACCGAGAACCAAAUGUUGCAGAAAUACAUCAACAACUCUUUGACAUCAACAGCUGUAUUUGGUGCAACUGGUGGCGCCAUUAGUCAAUCAGCAGCAGCCAUGAUGAGCAAAACGGCUUACGACAACAAUCAUUGA